CACACACACCAAGUAGCUCGAGCCCCAGUGGAGACGCUGCUGACGCUCUGCUCGCUCCACCGACAACACCGAGUCACGUUCUGUUCUUCUCUCGCUCCACCGACAUCACCAAGUUACGGUGUGUUCUUCUCUGGCAGAACCGGAGAGCGAAAGCCUUUUAGGAUUAUAUCUGUCCUGUGUGAUAUUUGGAGCUGAACGACCGGUCGUGACCGAGGACGCGAGGGGAAAUACAAAAAAAGAGCGAAAGGAGAAAAGAAAAGAGGCCCUUUCUCAACACAGACCUGGGGGUUUUCAUCCUGCGCUCCUAAUCAGGGAUCCAGACCUUGGACACCAGGUGGUGUCCUCCCAUCAGAAACACACCGAGAGCAGCUUGACAGCACAGGACGGAAGGAGGGAGGGAGAGAGAGAGAGAGAGAGAGAGAGAGAGAGAGCCGACCAUCUGUGAAUCACAUCAAGGCAGCUGUGGUUAGGGUGGACUGCAUUUAUUUUACGAACGAGGGGCAGAGAAAUAGAGGGGGAUAGAAGAGAGAAGAGGAGAGAGAGAAGGACAAAAGGAGAGGGGGCCUUGGUGAGUUUCCAAGCCCAGGACAGUGAACCCUGAUCAGGGGGACUUUCAGGCGACAGUGGGGUUAGACCAGGCCCCUGGAGUUCCUUUGGAGAGAUGAGGAGCUCUGAGAAGACAGUGUUUAGACACAGGUGAAACUCAAAUGAAUCCUGACUCUAAUGGAUCCUGUGAUUACAACAUGGAUUGACCUUUUCUUCUCAUCUGAAGGGAUAUUUUCGUUUUUUAUGUUGAUGUUUUUCUGUGUGGAAAUGUGUCUAUUUUUUCUGCAUGAAUUUGGAGUUUCAAAUCUUUCUGGUGUGGAUUUUAAGGAGGCUGUUUAGUUGACUGUGGAUCUGAAGCUGCCCCACUCAUCCGAAGGGAUUUAAACAAGAACUAUUUUGGCCUUGGAUUUGUUCACGUUGUGUUUUUUUCCAAUAUGUUUUUUUUCAUGCAGUAAUUGAGACUGCUUUGUAACCUUGGUAACAAAACGGUAACCAGGCGUCAACUGAGCGGUAACCAUGGCAGCAGCCUAUCGCGUGGUAGUGAGCAGUGUUAGUUGCUACAGCAGCGUGGUGGUGGACCGUCGGGCUCAGAGUCACGCGGUGCACUACUGCUCCGGGUCAUGUGGGGCGCUGUCCCAGGGACUGGACUGUACUGUUGCCCAUCGCAGUACCUGCUCCGAGCUGCUGACCGCCCCCUCACACACACACGCUCACACACACCCCGACCCCUCACACACAUUCACACACAACCUGACCCGAAACGCUAACUCUCCUCACCAAAUCCCCAACAGCUGUAAAGUUAGUAUCGCCAGCUGUAACGGGAGUUGUGGUGUUCCUAAUGAUCCUAACGGUGUGUAUGGUGUGGUGGGUGAGGACAGUCCUCCAUGGCGAGGUAAGAAGGCCAACACCACCGCCACUACUACCAGCUCUGGUCCUGACCGGCCUCUCCAGAGCUCUGCCAGUCUGAAGGACAUCACAGGAGAAGCCAUCAACCUGGCCAGUGGCAAACUCAAAGAGUUCUCCUUCGAGAAGCUCCGCCUCUCCACCAGUCACGUGACCUUCAGGAAAGGUCGCAAGGUCAGGCCGGACUCCUACAGCCGUCGGUCCACGGACCUCGACAUCGUCUACGGACACUUCACCGGGAACGCCGGAGGAACGGGGAAUGGGACUAUUACCGGAAAUGGAAACGCCAAUGAUGAGAACCUGCCGCCUUUCAGCGACAACACCAAGGUGCUCAAAGGCCAAUCGCCUGCUAGCAUCACCGCCGGGGGGCGGGUCUCUAGCCACAACCAGCCUAUCCAGUGUCUCCAGGGCCGGGGGCGGGUCCACCAGUAGCCUAUCCAGCGCCUGCUCCGGUUCCUUGGAGGCGGGGCUCAACACCGUGGCGUCUCUCUACCUCAGCUCAUUAGCCGACGAGUCGCUCAUCGCCCGGUUACUGGAGAAGACCCGCGCGGGGGAGGAGGGAGGAGUGGGAGGAGCAGGGGGGGAAGACAUACGGGCCUGUCUGGACAUUCUGGUCAAGUGUUCUGAGGACUUGAAGAAAUGUACGGACAUCAUCAAGCAGUGUAUCAGUCGGAAGAGUCCCGGGGGGAGGAGAAGAUGGGGGAGCCAGUCCUGAGAGCAUCUACAGAGCUGUGAUGACCAGGCUGAGCUCCUAUCUGAGGAAACUGCCUCUAGAGCUGGAGGGGGCUGGGUUAGGGUUAGGGUCAGGGGCUGGAGGUCAAGGGUCAGGGAUUGGAGGUCAUAGCGAGUUGGCCGAGCUGGUUAGUAGUCUCCAUAUGCUGCAGCAAGCUGCUGUCCCCUUCUCACCCAUAUUUGGGAAUGAUCAACCGCCACGGUAUGAAGACGUUGUUCAGAACCCUCCCUUACCCAGGAGCAGGGAUGUACUGCCACCCUCAUCACUCGCUCCAGACUCUUCUCUCCCUUUGUCCACUACGCCUGAGACAGCAGGGAGACAUACGGUUCAGACCAACGGGCUGCAGCACACACACACUCCGUCACACACACACUCUCCCUCACCGCAUACACACACGUCUGUUUCUACCCCUCCAUCCCAGGCACACACACCUUCAUCGCAAAUGCACAGUCCGUCAGCGGGUCCACACGCUCCGUCCAUCUCCCCCAUGGAGGCUCUCUUUAUUGAGGAGGAUGCAGACCUGGGAAGGGGGCUGAACAGGGCUUCCAGACACACACACUCACACACACCGACCAGAGGCCUCACACACACUCACAGUCGGAACGGGACCGCUUUUAGUCCACACACACCCCCCAGCUCCGCGCACACACACCUCAGCCCCAAUCUGUCACACGUACACGUUACACACACACUCCAGUCUGCCGGUGAAGACCUCACCUCAACCUCCGAACACACCCCUCCUGUCACUCAUAGAGACGACGAUAUCGACAGACUUCUGAUGGACUUGGAGUGUCUGUCGCAGAGCAUGGGUCGGGAGAGAGACAGAAUCAGAGAGGGAGAGAGAGAACGAGGGACGGAGCCCCCUCUCCCCGCUAAGACCAGACAGAGGGGGACAGGACAGGGGAACCCCUCCCCACAAACCCAAAUCAACCCCCAGGCUCAAAGGCCUGUUCCUGUUAGCCACCUAACCGCUAACGCCCAGGCCACUAGGUCGACCCCCAGCUCGCCUGCUCCUCUCCCCCAGGCAGAGGGCAGCGUGGUGGGGCUGGGAGAUGAGGAGGACGGGGCCCUGCUACUGAGGAUCCUGGAGAGCAUUGAGAGCUUUGCCCAGGAGCUGGUGGACUCUGGGGGUAGUCCUGGGAACACUGGGAAGACUGGGGCUCAGAGCAAAGAGAAGGAGGUGAUGAGACUCCUACAGGACACUCUGACGCAGGCCAAACUACCUGGAUCUCCACCAGCUGGUCAUGGUGACGAUGGACCUGUCUCCACGCCUGUACAUGUGUCUGCCUCCACACCAACACCUGCACCCAGACUUACAGAUGGACCUGUUCCUACAGCUCUACCUGUCUCUACAGCUCCCGUCCCUGUCCCCGUCCCUGUCCCUGUCCCCGUCCCUGUCCCUGUCCCUGUCCAUAUCCCCACAACCCUACCAGAGUCUGUCGCCACAGACCAAGCUACACCUUCUGCCCCACCCACACCUGUUCCACCACCUACAGUCGUACCCACACCUUCAGAAGUGGCAACAGUUGGACUGUUAGAGGCCUCUACACGUGAACAUCCACCUGUAGCUGACCUGAUAGCUGUACUUACCACCAAGGCCACCCUUCCACCGGCUGUAACCCCUGUCCCGCCCCCUACACCCACACCUGGAGAGGCACCUGUUGCAACCAUCGCUGCUCCUCCUGUUGCCGUGAGACACCCGGUUGCCCCUAGCGAUGUGGUUGCCCUGAGAGAUAUCGGCUCAACGCUGCUCAUCCAGCAGACGCCUGAGGUGAUCAGAGUCCAGUCCAACAAGCAAGAUAAGAAACCUGGGACCCCUCCUCCAGCCCCUCUCUCCCCCACCCCCUCCGUUCCUCCCCCCCACCGUUCCCCCUCUCCUCCCCCCACUCCAGUCGUCCCCACCCCUCCUCCUCCUCCCCCUCCUCCCCCUGCCCUCAACAUUCCCCGCUUCUACUACCCUCGAGGGUUACCGGGGGCAACAAAAGUCAACCACGAUGCGGCCAUCACUGCCAUAGAAACAGCCUUCACAGAGUUUGAGGAGGAGAAGGCUGAUAUUUACGAGAUGGGAAAGAUAGCUAAGGCAUGCGGCUGUCCUCUGUACUGGAAGGCAGCCAUGUUUAACGGAGCGGGAGGAGAGAGGACUGGCUUCGUCUCUGUUCACUCCUUCAUUGCUACCUGGAGAAAGUUGUUACAUAGUUGCUAUGACGAUUCGUCUAAGUUUAUCUACCUCCUAGCGAAGCCUGGCUGUACCUACCUGGACCAGGAGGACUUCAUACCUUUAUUACAGGACAUAGUGGACACCCAUCCAGGACUGACGUUCUUGAAGGAUGCCCCAGAAUUCCAUUCCCGUUACAUCACCACCGUGAUUCAGCGGAUAUUCUAUGUGGUCAACCGCUCCUGGACGGGUCGCAUCACCAUGACGGAACUACGCAGGAGCAACUUCCUGCAGACCCUGGCCCUGUUGGAAGAGGAGGAUGAUAUAAACCAGAUAACAGAUUAUUUCUCUUAUGAGCAUUUCUAUGUGAUCUACUGUAAGUUCUGGGAGUUGGACACGGACCACGACCUUUACAUUGACCCUAAGGACCUGGCUCGCUACAACGACCACGCCUCCUCAAGCAGAAUCAUUGAGAGGUUGUUCUCAGGAGCCGUUACACGGGGUAGCUCAGUGCAGAGAGAAGGGAGGAUGAGUUAUGCAGAGUUCAGCUGGUUCCUCAUCUCAGAGGAAGACAAGAAAACCCCUACUAGUAUAGAGUACUGGUUCAGGUGUAUGGACACAGACGGUGACGGUGUGUUGUCUAUGUUUGAGUUGGAGUACUUCUAUGAGGAGCAGUGUAGUAGGAUGGAGGGGAUGGGCAUUGAACCCCUACCCUUCACAGACCUGCUCUGUCAGAUGUUAGACCUUGUCAAGCCUGAAAGCCAAGGUAAGAUAACCCUGUCUGAUCUGAAGAGGUGUAGGAUGGCUCAUAUAUUCUUCGACGCGUUCUUCAACCUGGAGAAAUACCUGGACCACGAGCAGAGAGACCCCUUCGCUUUGCAGAAGGACAUAGACAGUGAGUGUCCAGAGCCUUCAGACUGGGAUAAAUACGCUUCAGAGGAAUAUGAGAUCCUGGUGGCAGAAGAGACGGCUAACGAACAGCUGCAGGAGGGGACGUUUGAUGAUGACUAUGAGGAGGCGGAGCUUCCUGCUCAAGGAGAGAUGGUUGUGAAUAAAAUGGAUAAGCUGCUCAUAUCAGAUCUGUCAGCAUGAAAUUCCCAAAGUCUGGAAUACCGCUCCCUUCUCCUUGGAUAUACAGGAGACCGGGGAGAGAAGAAGAGGGAGGGACGGGGAGAAAUGAAGAGAAAGCUAAAGCGAUGGAGGACUCUCUCAUCUUCUCCUUUCAUACACAGACAGGGACAGAGGAGAUGGUGGAAGAUGGAGAAAGGACAGAGGGAUGGACGGAACGAGAGAGCACUCUGGCAGCUGUCCUCUCAGCCCUCUGUAGGAAAAAACGUGUUUUCCAAUCUUUUAUCUUCAUUUGAGAUUGUGUGUGUGUUGUGUAUGCAUGUGUGUGUGUGUGUGUGUGUGUGUGUGUAUGUAUGUGUGCUUGUGUGUGUUUGUGUCAUCCCAAAGACUGUGUUUGGUGCAAUAAUGUGUCUUAACAUGUUUAAUAUGUAGAAGUAAGAAAGCACAAAUCCUGAUAUGGAUAUACUUCCUGUAUUAUGUGUAUAAUAACUGCCAUAUAGAGAUUUCUCACUGACAAUCAACUACUAGACAAUCAACUAAUCAAUCAAGUUGUUUUCAAAUGUGUCAAUAACACACACACACACACACACACACACACACACACACACACACACACACACACACACACACACACACACACACAGUACAUACACACAGCUCUGUGCAAAACACUGCCAUCUUGUGGUCACUAGUUAUACUGCUGGCUGCUCUUACAGACUAGUGACGUUUGUUCCACAUUUAUAAACCUCAUUUUCAGUGUUCUAUUUCAGAAUGUUACUGUUUGAAUAGUUUGCUAAGGCAGGCCAUUGUGUGUUUGAUUCAUUUAGAAUUAGUCAAAUGUUUAAUUCUGUUUGAGAUAAAAUGCAUGUGCUGUAUAUUCCGUCCAUAUACUUUUCAAAGAGUUCUCUCAUGUCAGAGGCUGCGUCAGAAAUGGAAGUCUAUUCCUUACAUAGUGCACUAUAUCUUAUAGGGAGUAGAGUGUCGUUCUAGAUUUGACCAGAAUCAACCACAGUGUACAUAGUUUGUUACAGCUCAGUCUAACUAUGAACUAACUAUCUCUCUGGUAGAGAUAUUACUGUAAAAACCAAAAUGGACAUAGGCAGAACAGAACAGUAAAGCUAACAGGCGUUCUAAUGUGUCACCAAAGGGGAUGUUCAAGUAGCAUGACGUUAAAGAUGAAAACCGUGGGUCUAACCAACAGCCAUCCUGUCAUUAUCAUAUUCCUGCAUCAAGUAUUCUUUAUUUUGUCACUGGUGAAUGUUGGUGGUGUUUUAAAGCUGUGUUCGUGAGCGUGUGCGUGUUUCUUUAAUAGCAACAAUCUGUCCCUAUAUAUCCAUUGUAAAUGUGUAUUUAACUCUACAUAGUCUAGCCAUUGUGUAAAGGUGGUGUGACUGAUGCUUUGUGUUGCUGUGUCACUGUGUGGCUCCACGGGGUUCAGUUAUGUGGCGUGUGACCCAAAUGCACAGGGACGAUUGGUCGGAGGUCAUAGAGGUACACGCCCACCAGACAAUCGACUGUCAAUCAAUUUGUCAAUCACCUAUCGAUCAGUUUGAUAAUCUGAUUGGGUAAUAAGGAAAAUCUUGCUGUGACUGGAUUGGGCACACUGGUAGCCCCUCCCUUUAGAGAGACUCGUGCUGCUGUAGAGACACGCGCGCGCACACACACACACACACACACACACACACACACACACACACACACACACAGUUUAUAAGACACUGCUGUGUCUGGCGCUAUGCAAACAAUCUGCUUUUUUGCUCACUGCCUGGGAACACACACACAUCUGGUCUGUACUAGGUGCACGGGGCAGGAUGAGAAGCCAUGAUGGAGCUGCCUCUGACCGGAGACACUUCUGCCACAAUGAGGACUUUUACUUUGAAAUGUAUGUCUGUUUUAAUCAACUUUUACUUUGAUUAUUUUUUUUUCUUCUGUUAUCUGAUGUUUUACUUCCAGGUUGAUAAGGCUUCAGUAGAUGUUCUUGUGUUAUCUGAUGUUUUACUUCCAGGUUGAUAAGGCUUCAGUAGAUGUUCUUGUGUUAUCUGAUGUUUUACUUCCAGGUUGAUAAGGCUUCAGUAGAUGUUCUUGUGUUCGCAUGGCUUCCUUCUUUCUAUCAAUCCUUGUUUCUUUCCUCUGUUUUCUGUUAAAACUGAAUUCAAAUAAAGAUGAUUUAAGGUUG